AUGAGCGCAGAGGACGAUGAUCCAGAGAGGAAAAGAUUGAAACAUCGGCAAGAGAAGGCGUUGAAUUGUGGUGUGAAGAAUUUCCAGCGCGAUCUGAUGGCUGGGGCGUUGAUGGGUGGUGUGGUGCACACGAUUGUGGCCCCGAUUGAGAGGGCGAAGCUGUUGUUGCAGACCCAGGAGAGCAAUUUGGCCAUUGUGGCGAGUGGGCGUCGCAGAUUCAAGGGUAUGUUGGAUUGCAUACUCCGUACGGUCAGGGAAGAAGGCAUUCUCUCUUUGUGGCGAGGCAAUGGCAGCAGUGUUAUUCGUUACUAUCCUUCUGUGGCUCUCAAUUUCUCUCUCAAGGAUCUUUACAAAAGCAUUUUAAGGGGUGGAAACUCUUGUCGUAAUAAUCUUUUGCCAGGUGCCACUGCUAAUUUCGCUGCUGGCGCUGCAGCCGGUUGUACAACACUUGUAUUGGUAUACCCCCUUGACAUAGCCCACACACGCCUUGCUGCAGACAUUGGAAGGACAGAAGUGCGCCAAUUCCGAGGUAUUUACCAUUUCUUGGCUACCAUAUACCACAAGGAUGGCGUUAGGGGAAUCUACAGGGGCCUCCCUGCAUCUCUACAAGGGAUGGUGGUACACAGGGGCCUAUAUUUUGGAGGCUUUGAUACCAUGAAAGAGAUUUUGUCUGAAAAAUCAAAACCUGAGUUGGCGUUGUGGAAGCGAUGGGUGGUAGCUCAGGCAGUCACAACCUCUGCCGGUUUGAUAUCUUAUCCCUUAGACACAGUUCGUAGGAGGAUGAUGAUGCAGUCUGGCAUGGAACAGCCACUGUACAAUAGCACUUUCGACUGCUGGAGGAAGAUCUACAGGACAGAAGGGUUGGCUUCAUUUUACCGUGGUGCGGUUUCUAAUGUGUUUAGGAGCACAGGAGCAGCAGCUAUCUUAGUCUUGUAUGAUGAAGUUAAGAAAUUUCUGAACUGGGGAAGAUUUUAA